GCGGGGCGGGGUGAGCCCACCAGAUCCGACUACCGCAGCGGCUAUGAUGAAGUCGCUGCUGCCGCAGAGCCAGCUGCGGCGCUCGGCGGCGGCGGCCGCGCGGUCGUCGGCGGGCGGCGCCGCGGGGGCAGACGGGGCUAUGUCCGACGGCGGCGGCGCGGGGCCGCGGGCGCCCGCCUCCUCCACCUUCUGGUUCCUGCUCCACGCGCUCUGCUGCCUCAUCUCGCUCUUCCUCGGCUUCCGCUUCUCGCGUCUCCUCUUCUUCCUGCUCUUCUCCACCACCGCGCUCUACCGCUCCAGCACCUCCUCCUCCUCGGCCGCGGUCCUUCGCGCCACCACCACGACAACCACCACCACGACCACCACGACGACGACGACCAACACCUUCACGCUCUCCUUCGCCGCCGCCAACACUCCCCCUUCCACCCCCGCUAACCGCACCGCGCUGGAUGUGGCCGACAAGGGGGCGGCGUCCGGGAACCCACAGAGUCACGUCGUGGUGGGGAGGCACGGGAUUCGGAUCCGGCCGUGGCCGCACCCGGACCCCGUCGAGGUGAUGCGGGCGCACCGGAUCAUGGAGCGCGUGCAGGAGGAACAGCGCCGCUGGUACGGCGUCAAGGAGCCGAGGCAGGUGCUCGCCGUCACCCCGACCUACUCACGCGCGUUCCAGGCGCUCCACCUCACCGGCCUCCUCCACUCACUCCGCAACGUGCCGUACCCGCUCACCUGGAUCGUCGUCGAGGCAGGCGGCACCACCAACGCCACGGCGUCAAUGCUUGCGCGCUCUGGCCUCACUUUCGUUCACAUCCCCUUCCCUGACCGCAUGCCCCACGACUGGGCCGACCGCCACGCCACUGAGAACCGGAUGCGCCUCCACGCCCUACGCGUGAUCCGCGAGAGGAAGAUGGAUGGCGUAGUUGUUUUCACCGACGACAGCAAUGUUCAUAGCAUGGAGCUGUUCGAUGAGGUGCAGAAGGUCCAGUGGAUGGGUGCUGUAUCCGUCGGAAUCCUUGCGCAUACUGGCACGGCAGACCAACUACGGCUCAGCGAGGAGGACAAGCAGAAUAUGCCUCUUCCAGUCCAGGGCCCUGCUUGCAACUCCUCAGGGCAUCUGAUUGGAUGGCACACGUUCAACUCAUUGCCCUUCUCUGGGAAGACGGCCACAGUUGUUGGUGAAGCAGCCCCUGUUCUGCCCAGGGGUUUGGAGUGGGCUGGUUUUGUGUUGAACUCAAGGAUGCUGUGGAAGGAGGCUGACGGCAAGCCUGACUGGGUGAAGGAUCUUGAUGCUGUGGGCGAGAAUGGCGAGGAGAUUGAGAACCCACUUACUCUGUUGAAUGAUCCGUCCUCUGUUGAGCCACUGGGCAACUGUGGGAAGAAGGUCCUACUGUGGUGGCUUCGUGUUGAAGCACGGGCUGAUAGCAAGUUUCCUGAAGGGUGGGUAAUUGAGCCACCUUUGGAAGUCGUUGUCCCUGCAAAGCGCACUCCAUGGCCUGAAACAACCACCGAGCUGCCAGCCGAGUUAUUGGAUGACAAGCAAGAGCAGGAGGAUAGGCGCUUGUCAAGAGCCAACAAAUCAUCUCGGCCCCGAGGCACCACGAAGCGGAAGGGCGACCCUCAAGGACAAGAUAACUGAUGCAGAACGUACUGGCCUUGUGAUGUAUAUCUUACACCCUGCAAAAACACAGUAGCAAGCAUAUCCUGUUAAUCUGGCGGUGUCUGUUUAAUUUUUCUUUUCUUUUCUGAUGUUUUUGCUCCUGUGGCGAUGGUCCACGCUUGGGUAUGUUAUCUGUAGAGGGCACAUUUUUAAAGUAGUGGUUGUAUCUUUUGUGUUGAAAUGUACAAUGCAUUGGGAGCU